CCGGUUCGUUUGGUCUCCACAUUCGAGAACGGGGCCAACAAAGGAACCUUUUUUGACUGGCUGCUCUUUUUCUAUUGCGACAUUCACUCUGGUUAUUUACCUAAUAGAUCCACGGCCACCAUGGCCCAAUCGGAGAUGCCCACGCCUCACACAGAGCAGCUUCCAGGAGGAUGGAUAGAAACACCGUUGGAAACUGGACGACAGCAAUCAUAUACCAACUCUCAAUCAAAUACCAAUGCCAAUGCUGCUGCUGCACAACGUGCGCAGCAAACAUCUAGCAGUAACACCCCGGGCAAUACUUUUCUGAAUUACACGCCAGUCAUCUCGAAUGAGCAAUCGAAUGCUGCGUCAAGAGAGUCUGGACAGUUCUCCGCGUCGAGCCUUACCACUGCCGUGCCGUCUCCAGAUGAGAAGGAAAGCCCUGCAGAGCCCGUGGAAGCGCACGAGGUGCGUUCUGCGUCGUUGGACUCGACAGACUCCAGCAGCAGCGAUGAAGACGCCGCGGGUGCAUUUGUUUCUGCGAAGCCGGCGUCCACGGGGCCUUCACGGCCGAAACUCCAAUCAAAUGGGUCGAAACCGAUGACUGAAGAUGACCUCUUCCGCGUUUUGUCGCGGCGCAGGACGAAUACUAGCAUGGGCCGUGUCACUACUGGAGGAACGGCCACCGACGACGAGGAUGAAGAGCAAGAGGAGAUUAACAAGUUGAUGUCGAGGAUGUUUGGGCAUACUAGACAGGCGCAGUCUGAAGAGGAAAAGACCAGGCAUCUUGGUGUCAUUUUCCAGAAUUUGACGGUCAAGGGUGCGGGAGUGGGUUCGGCGCUUCAACCUUCUGUGGGGGAUAUCUUUUUGAACCCUGGCCGUUUGCUCAAAAGUCUCUUCACAAAGGGCCCUCGAAGGGCUGCGGGGAAACCACCGGUUCGAACAAUCCUCGAUGAGUUUUCCGGAUGUAUCAAGCCUGGCGAAAUGCUCUUGGUGCUUGGACGACCAGGCGCUGGAUGCUCUACUUUCCUCAAAGUAAUAGGAAACCAGCGAUUCGGUUAUGAGGACAUCUCUGGAGAUGUGACGUACGGUGGCACGGGAUCAGAAGAGAUGCGAAAGAAAUUCCGCAGUGAGGUUCUUUACAACCCUGAAGACGACCUCCACUACGCCACGUUGAAGGUCAAGGAUACACUUCGAUUCGCCUUGAAGACAAAGACCCCGGGUAAGAACUCUCGUAACGAAGGCGAGUCACGUAACGACUAUGUCCAAGAAUUCCUUCGCGUCGUGUCUAAAUUGUUCUGGAUCGAGCACACCAUGGACACGAAAGUCGGCAACGAGUACGUUCGUGGUGUCUCUGGAGGAGAGAAGAAACGUGUUAGCAUUGCGGAAGCCAUGAUCACAAAAGCUUCGGUGCAGACGUGGGACAACUCGACUAGAGGUCUCGAUGCAAGCACCGCCCUGGAAUAUGUUCAGAGUUUACGAUCACUUACCAACAUGGCCAACAUUGCGACGUCGGUCGCUCUUUAUCAAGCUGGUGAAUCGUUGUUCAGUCUUUUCGACAAGGUUCUCCUCAUCCAUGAGGGCAAGUGUUGCUACUUUGGCCCAUCCGAUCACGCAGUCAAAUACUUCAAGGACCUAGGUUUCCAUCAACCAGAACGUUGGACGAGUGCGGAUUUCAUCACUUCGGUCACGGACGAUCACGAACGGCAUAUCGCAGAGGGAUAUGAGAACCGCAUCCCUCGAUCCGGCGCCCAGUUCGCUCAAGCAUUCCAGAAAAGCCAGCAACACCAAGACAACCUCUCCGAAAUCGAGGAGUUCAAACGCGAGACUGAACGCCAAACCCAAGACCGGAAAGCCGCCAUGACCAAAGCCACAAAGAAGAAGAACUUCACCCUCCCCUUCCACAAACAAGUAACAGCCUGCACAGUCCGCCAAUUCAAAGUCAUGAUCGGCGACCAGCAAUCACUUGCAGGGAAAUGGGGCGGCAUCCUUUUCCAAGCUCUCAUCGUAGGCUCCCUCUUCUACGACCUCCCAGCGACAGCCCAAGGCGCCUUCCCCCGUGGCGGUGUAAUCUUCUUCAUGCUCCUCUUCAACGCGCUGCUCGCCCUCGCAGAACUCACAGCAGCCUUCGAAUCUCGCCCCAUCCUCCUCAAACACAAAAGCUUCUCCUUCUACCGCCCGGCCGCCUACGCCAUCGCGCAAACAGUCGUCGACGUCCCUCUCGUGCUCGUCCAAGUCUUCAUCUUCGACAUUGUGGUCUAUUUUAUGGCCUCUCUCCAACGCACCGCUUCUCAAUUUUUCAUCUCAUUGCUCUUUCUCUGGCUGCUCACCAUGACCAUGUACGCCUUCUUCCGCGCCAUCGGCGCGCUCGUGGGUUCUUUGGAUGUCGCGACGAGAAUCACGGGUGUGGCUAUCCAAGCCCUGGUCGUCUACACCGGCUAUCUCAUCCCCCCGACCAAAAUGCACCCCUGGUUCAGCUGGCUGCGCUGGAUCAACCCCGUGCAGUACGGCUUCGAAGCCCUCAUGGCAAACGAGUUCUAUAAUCUCGAACUCCAGUGCACUCCGCCUUACAUCGUACCCCAGCUUCCCAAUGCACAGACGCAGUACCAAUCAUGCGCUUUGCAAGGUAGUCAACCUGGCUCUCUUACCGUCAACGGCGCAGAUUAUAUAUCUGUGGCGUUCCAGUACUCGCGCUCGCAUUUGUGGAGGAAUUUCGGCUUCAUCUGCGCGUUUUUCAUCUUCUUUGUGGUCUUGACAGCCGUGGGGAUGGAGAUUCAGAAACCGAACAAGGGAGGUGGGGCAGUGACGAUUUUCAAGAGAGGCCAGGUUCCCAAGACGGUGGAGAAGGCCAUGGAUGCUCAGGCUUUGCAGCCUCAAGACGAGGAGACCGGGAAGGAGACCAAUGGUAACGCUAUGCCGACGGGAGACGGUGAAGAGGAGAAGGAGAAGGCCACAGCUGGUGUGGCGAAGAACGAGACAAUCUUUACAUGGCAAAACGUCACCUACACGAUCCCCUACGAAAAAUCCGAACGCACCCUCCUCCAAGACGUCCAGGGCUACGUCAAACCCGGAAAACUGACAGCACUCAUGGGCGCGUCGGGUGCCGGUAAAACAACCCUCCUAAACACACUCGCCCAACGCAUCAAUUUCGGCGUGGUGCGCGGGGACUUCCUCGUAGAUGGUCAGCCGCUCCCGUCUUCGUUCCAACGCUCUGCUGGGUUCGCGGAGCAGAUGGAUGUUCAUGAACCUACGGCUACUGUACGGGAGGCGCUGAGGUUUUCGGCGAAGCUGCGCCAGCCCAAGGAGGUGCCGUUGGAAGAGAAGUACGAGUAUGUGGAGAAGAUGAUUGACUUGCUUGAGAUGAGGGAUAUUGCUGGUGCUGCUAUUGGAGUCACUGGGUCUGGGUUGAACCAGGAACAGCGGAAACGGGUUACUAUUGGCGUCGAACUUGCUUCCAAGCCUGAGCUACUAAUGUUUCUGGAUGAACCAACCUCGGGUCUAGAUUCGGGAGCCGCGUUUAACAUUGUCCGGUUCUUGAGGAAGUUGGCAGAUGCGGGUCAGGCGAUUCUUUGCACGAUUCAUCAGCCUUCUUCUGUGCUGUUUGAGCACUUUGAUCAGUUGCUGCUUCUCAAGUCUGGCGGCCGAACUGUCUAUUUUGGAGAGCUCGGGCACGACUCUCGCACGUUGCUCGAUUACCUCGAGGCAAAUGGUGCUAAGAAAUGCCCUCCCCACGAGAACCCGGCCGAGUAUAUGCUAGAAGCAAUAGGCGCUGGAGAUCCCAACUACAAAGGCAGCGAUUGGGGCGACAUCUGGGCGAAGUCUGCGGAGAACCAGAAAUUGACGAAAGAAAUCCAGGAUAUUACUGAAAAGCAACGCAGUAUGAACAAGGAAAACAACAAGACAAGAGAUGACCGGGAGUACGCUAUGCCACUGUCCACUCAACUGUACACGGUCAUCCAUCGGAGCUUCGUGGCGAUGUGGCGCGAUCCCACAUAUGUCGUAGGCGUGUUCAUGCUGCACAUUGUGACUGGUCUCUUCAAUGCAUUCACGUUCUGGAAUCUCGGAAACAGCCAAAUCGAUAUGCAAUCUCGACUUUUCUCGGUAUUCAUGACACUCACCAUUGCACCGCCACUGAUCCAGCAACUGCAACCUCGAUUCCUCAAGCUCAGGAGUCUUUACGAAUCGCGAGAAGGCAAUGCGAAGAUUUACUCUUGGACCGCAUUUGUUUGGGGUGCCAUUCUGAGCGAGAUACCGUACCGUAUCUUGGCUGGUACCAUAUAUUGGUGCUGCUGGUAUUUUGCACCAGGUUUCCCACGUGAUACGUAUACGGCGGCGAGUGUAUGGCUUUUUGUCAUGCAGUUCGAAAUAUUCUAUCUCGGGUUCGGUCAGGCGAUUGCAAGUUUUGCAGCCAACGAGCUCCUCGCUUCAUUGCUUGUUCCGUUAUUCUUCUUGUUUGUCGUAUCGUUCUGCGGUGUUGUAGUACCUUUUGCUGGAAUGCCCUACUUCUGGAGAAGCUGGAUGUACUAUCUAAGCCCCUUCACCUACCUGCUGGAAGGGUUCCUCGGGUUGCUCGUGCACAAUAUCCCCGUACAAUGCGAUGCUAGUGAGCUUGCAAUCUUCUCCCCACCUCCGGGUCAAGACUGUCAAUCGUACGCCGGCGGAUUCGCACAGCAGUCUGGUGGAUACGUCGAAACACAACCCAACGGAGAUUGUGGAUUCUGCCAGUAUGCAACGGGCGAUGCUUUUGCGGCUUCAUUCAACGUCUUUGCAAAGCACACGUACCGCGAUUUCGGCCUCAUGUGGGCCUACCUCAUCUUCAACUUUGCGGUCGUGUUUGUUUGUACCUAUCUCUACCUUGGCGGAUUCCGAAAGCUCAAAGCCUUCUUCAGCCCAUCUGCACGAAAACAGCGCACCGAGCAGAAGAGAAGACAGACCGGGGAUGCGGCGUGAUCCCGCGGGAUUGUCAGGUAAAGUUUGUCGAUUGAAGAGAUAGGGUCAGAGAUCGUGGUAGUCGGGUGAAAUCGGAAAGGGACCGCGGCCGGCAUCACGAGAUGACUAACUAGUCUUGGAGUGACGCCACGCAAUUCCCACAUCUUCUGUCCUAGCGGGAUUAUUCUUGAAAUCACCCCACAAAUACUUUUUUUUAUGUUUGUGUGGCGCGGUCUGGGGUUUCUAACAGGGGUGCUGGGUGGUGGAACCGUGUCGAGGAAAGAGGUGUGUAAUCUUGUUGCAUUGUAUAUAGGUUUUUUGUAAUGGUGGCGAUUGGAUGUAGCGAUAUUUCGGCAU